GAUACUUCAUAGUUACAGUUCUGAUUAUUUUUUCUAAGUAUCGUAAGCUUAAAGCAAUAGAUUUUUUUUAACUCCCAGUACAUUUCUUUCAGAUUUUUCCCAGCAGUAAAAGUUAGCAAGAAGGACCUGAGAAGAACAGAAAUACAGUAAGCAAGACUAUGAAGAAAUCUUUCAAUACAAGGACCAAAAAUUCCAACUCUAAAAGCUCAAGAAAUCUUUUACAACCGUAUAUGUCUACAAAUGAAAUAGUAAACAGAAAAUCAAAGCUUUUCCCCUGUACUGAAUGUGAAAAAUGUUUUAACAAUCACGCAAAUCUUGUUGUGCACAAUAGAACUCACACAGGAGAGAAACCUUUCUCAUGUUCUGAAUGUGGGAAAUGUUUUAGCAGUAAAUUACGUCUUGUUGAACACCAGAGAACUCACACAGGAGAGAAACCGUUCUUGUGUUCAGAAUGUGGGAAAUGUUUUCUCUGUAAAUCACAUCUUGUUGAGCACAAGAGAACUCACACAGGAGAGAAACCGUUCUCAUGUACGGAAUGUGGAAAAUGUUUUAUCCGUAAAUCACAUCUUGUUAGACACAACAGAAUUCACACAGGAGAGAAACCUUUCUCAUGCUCAGAAUGUGAAAAAUGUUUUAGCUAUAACUCCGUUCUUGUUGUCCAUCAGAGAACUCAUACAGGAGAGAAACCUUUGUCAUGUUCUGAAUGUGGGAAAUGUUUUAGCAGUAAAUCAAGUCUUGUUGAACACCAGAGAAUUCACACAGGAGUGAAACCGUUCUCGUGUUCUGAAUGUGGGAAAUGUUUUGUUAGUAAAUCAGAGCAUAACAAACAUCAGAGAACUCACACAGGAGAUAAACCGUUUUCAUGUACGGAAUGUGGAAAAUGUUUUCUCCGUAAAUCACAACUUAUAAAGCACAACAGAACCCACACAGGAGAGAAACCGUUCACAUGUACGGAAUGUGGAAAAUGUUUUAUCUGUAAAUCACAACUUGUAAGCCACAACAGAACUCACACAGGAGAGAAACCGUUCUCAUGUACGCUAUGUGGAAAAUGUUUUAUCCGUAAAUCACAACUUGUAAGCCACAACAGAACCCACACAGGAGAAAAACCGUUCACAUGUACAGAAUGUGGGAAAUGUUUUAUCUGUAAAUCACAACUUGUAAGACACAACAGAACUCACACAGGAGAGAAACCUUUCUCAUGUUCAGAAUGUGGGAAAUGUUUUAGAGUUCAAUCAAGUCUUAGUAUUCAUCAGAGAACUCACACAGGUUUAUUGUCAUGUUAAUCACCAUUGUGCCCUUAUUGCAUUUAAUAGAUUGAAGAAACAAACAUAAAAAACAAUUUUAAACUAACUUCUCAUUUUUUAAAGGGAAUUCAUUUUUUUGAGAACAAACACUUCCCUGAGAUGAUCACUUUCGGAUCAAAUAAAGCACACACAAAAAAAAAGCAUUGUUACAGUAAUGUAAUAUAGCCAAAUGCAAGAAACAUACUUAGGCACUAUACACUAAAUGGUUAAAAAAAAUGCACCAUAGAGUGUAAGUAUCCAGGAGCUAAAUCAGUAGAAGUAGAUAUGUAUGUAUGUAUGUAGAAAUGUAUGUAUGUAUGUAGAAAUUGGGGAUGCACCCUAAGGCGAUAUACCAUUCUCCAUCCUGUAAGAGCAACCCUAUUAGUGCAAUUUAUAUAAAAGGAAUUCAUUCUGGGAUAUUCCUGGAGGAAGCUGUCACCACUAUCCAUUUAGAUAAGUGUAUUUUUUAUCACACUAAUGAAUUUUGAGUGUAGAUAAAAUUAUUCUAACAUUCUUUAAUAAUAACCCACAGAUUAAUAUUCAUGUCUUCUUUUGUGCACAUUCAGAAUGGGGAAAGCACACCUUAAAUAACAAGAGUAAAAAUAUGGUUAGUGCAAGCUGUUUGGAAGGAAUUGUGAAGUCAAUGGUAUUGAGUCAUAACUAGGAGGUGUGACAUAUCUAUGGACUUGUUAAUUUGAAAAUAAAAAUAAUAGAUGCAUGAAUUAUUACUGUAGCAAGCACAAGAGAAAAUAAAAUAUUUCUAUUUGGAUUAGUGUUGGUCUGAAACAUGAGGGGGUAGCCACUUAUUGUUUCCUUCACCUAUACCAAUUCUGGGCCUGUUUUGAAAUUUGAGAUGAAUAUAGGAGGUAUAAAUCUAAUGAUGGGCAAAUGUCUAGUGUGCAUACUAGGAGCUAAAAUCGAACUUUGAGUAAGUCUUAUGGGUAUUUGCAGAUAUGACAGGAUUUUAGAUUGGAAAUUGUAUUUCUUAAACUGUUAUGUUAUGUAUAACAAAUAUUACUAAACAUAUUCUAGCUAAACAAUUUUAAUACUAACUACACAAUUAACUUUGCAGUAGUAAUCGUAUAUUUACCAUGAUUGCAGUAAAGACAUAUCAAAGGAUAUGCAAUUUGAAUCUAAGCAGUCUUAGAAAAGAAAAAAUAGUAAAACUGCCUGUGCCCCUGUACUGCUACAUCACUGCUAUCCCCAAAGCACUCAAAAAAUCAACUGUCCAAACCUCCACAAAACAGCUGCACAAUAACCAUAGUAACAUGUCCCUCCUUUCAGCCUAUUCCCUGCCUAUUAAUCUGACUCUGAAUUGGUUAAACUGGUUUGUUAACCUUUUUAGUCCAUAGAACUGGCAUUUAUGCAUUGAAUAUCUGUUAAAUUGUGAACUAAUAACUUUGGGAGUUAUGGGUAUAAAAGCACAAAUGUUGUGUUAACAUGUUUGUCAAUUUACCAAUUGAUUUGUUUCCUUGGACCUUCUUUUUAUCUCGCACAAUGGAGGGACUUUCCAAACAUAAUUAAAAAUGUUCCAAUUUAAUCACAUUAGCAGCUCGCAGAGUCAUUGCAGCAGGUCGGCUCAAAAGGGAUCUCUUAAGAUUACAGAUGUUAUUACAAAAAUAGAAGAUAAUGCAGUCAUGGAUGAAUUGACUUCUAAAGUCAGACAUUCACAGGAUACAUUUUCAAGAAUCUGGAAUCCCUGAAGAGAACUUACAUCCAACCAACCAGUCUUUAUAUUUUUUUAUGACUGACAAUGUGUAUAUGGGAUAUGUGCAGUGUUAUAUCACUUCCCCAUCUUCUUUCUUGUUCUUUAAAUAUUUCUGUUAUUUUCUUUGUUUUUUAAAUUAAUAAAGCAGAACACAGAUAAUAGUAUAAUAUAUAUUAUUUCAGCAAUAUACAUAAUAAAGAGAGGAAAUGAGGAAAUUUACUUUAUAUCUUAGAUACUCUAAACUCAAAUGCAAAAUAUAUCAUACAUUUUUCAUAGCUAACAUUAAUUUCAUUUUUUCCUUUGUCAAUGAGGUACUAUUUAUGUAUUAAGG